GUACACUGUAGGUAAUGUAGGGAUGAAGAGUCACCAUGGUUCUGAUCGGUAUUGUCAUACUGUACACUGUAGGUAAUGGAGUUAGCGAAGAGUUAGUAUGGUUCUGAUCGGUAUUCAGGCUAUUGAGGAGUAAAAACAUACAUUAAAUACUUCAGUCAAUCGAUCUUACCUAUAUGAUAUGGUAUAGUCAUCAAGUCACGCAUGGGUUGAUUUCAAUUAUAAUGUACCUUCUGGCAAAGGUUGAAUAUGGAAUGUAUGUUGAAGUUCUAUACGCCCUAACAUGACUUGGUACAAUCACGGAUCUAAGUCUGUGGUCCGAUACGGUAUAUCCGUAUACAGUUGUAGGUGAUUACACCAAAACAUAACCGACCAAUCAAGGAUGACUGCCCAGCGACCUGUGGACAGGUAACUCCGUUCAGAGGCAACACGUUCAUCAAUGGACCCCAUCAUUUUCUACAAACCCACCUUGCGUGAUAGAACGUGACGCCACGAACCGUGACGCCACCAGGUGAAAAGUCGCCCUAUAUAUUGCUGUUUACAUUCCGUAGCUGAAUAGAGAUGGCCGACCUCGAAUCUGGUGAGGGCGGAUGUCGAGAGUGUUGUUCUCAAGAAUUUAAGGUGUCCAACUUCCUUCUGGAAUAUGACAGGCCACACCAUUUCGUCCAGUUUCAGUGCGGGAAGCAAAUACCAUAUUUGGUGUGGCGGGUGAUAUGGGCUAUAUACCACGUGGUCUGGAUCAUCCUAACAGGAGUGUUGAGCUGGCAGUGGGCGGGGCCUGAUCCUAAUCAACAGAUCAAGUGGUUUAUCUACCUCACAGACUGGUGCUUCUUCAUGCUGACUCUGUCCACCCUGACAGACAUGAUCUGUGUCGUAUACUCUCGUAUCAAACGGAAGGAUAUAUAUCAAG